AUGUGCUUCCUGGGGGUCGAGCCCCUCAACGACAGGGCGUUUUGGCGGCGCCUGCUGGAGCGGCCCCUGAAGAGCAACGACGAGCGCGGGCUCAUGCGGCUGCAGAUAUUGAUGGGCGCGCUGGCGCUGCGGCGCACCAAGACCACGCCCGGGCUGGGGGGCCGGCCGCUGGUGGAGAUGCCCCGCAAGACCACCAUGCUGCUGCACGUCGACCUGGGCCCCGAGGACGCGGCAGAGUAUGAGGCCCUGGAGGCUGAGAGCCGCGCCCUGGUGGGCCGCACCCUGGAUGACACCGAGGGCUCUGCUGUUGGCGAGUACACCAACAUUCUCGCGGUCAUCAUGAGGCUGCGGCAGGUCUGCGACUCCCGCACGCUCUGCCCCGCGGCGCUGGAGCUCCUCCGCGCCUCCGCCGCCCGCGGCGCGGCCGGCAAGCCCGGGGAGCCGCCGCCCCCCGAGCUGCUGGCCAAGCUGCUGGCGGCCCUCACGGCCGGCGACGACGACGGCGGCGCGGAGGUGGGCGGCGAACUUAAUGAUUUCCGGGGCGGGCAGGCUCGUGUUGAUGUCAGCAGGGGGUGCUGA